ACAUCCGGGGGAAACAUGGACGACUCCGCUGGCAGUAAUCCCCAAUCUCAUGGCUUUACAGACAAGUUAAAGUCUUGGCUCUCCUGGUCGUGGACGUAUGUGUGCUUCGUGUGGUUCGGCAUGGUUCUCAUCAUGAUAUACGUCCUGUGGAGCCCGCUCAAACUGCAGGAAAGCCUGACUUCUGCAUCACUUUUUUUGAACACACUGACUCCGAAAUUCUACGUGGCUCUCACUGGGACGUCUUCCCUCAUCUCUGGACUCAUCCUUAUAUUUGAGUGGUGGUACUUUCGAAAGUACGGGACUUCCUUCAUAGAGCAAGUCUCGGUCAGCCACCUGCGCCCCCUGCUGGGUGGAGUAGAGAGCACCUCCACCACUGGUCUCUUCUCGUCAGUCAAUGGAGAGGCGGAGCCUAGACCCAGUGUGUCAGAGUGUAAAGUCUGGAGGAAUCCGUUGAAUCUGUUCAGAGGAGCAGAAUACAACAGGUACACGUGGGUGACCGGGAAGGAACCGCUGACGUACUACGACAUGAACUUGUCUGCUCAGGACCAUCAGACCUUUUUCACAGGAGACACACAGCAGUUAAGGCCAGAAGAUUCAGUCAUGCAGAAGGCCUGGAGGGAGAGAAAUCCUCAAGCCAGGAUUAGAGCAGCUUACCAGGCCAUAGAGAUGAACCACGAAUGUGCCGCAGCCUACGUGCUUCUCGCAGAAGAAGAAGCCACAACGAUCACAGAAGCCGAGCGCCUCUUUAAAAAAGCUUUGACUAUUGCAGGCAAAGAUAUCAACUUACUGGUUUACAUUAAACGCAGACUGGCCAUGUGCGCACGCAAGCUGGGACGCAUUAAAGAGGCCGUGAAAAUGAUGCGAGAUUUAAUGAAGGAGUUCCCAUUGUUGGGGAUGUUAAAUAUACACGAAAACCUCCUAGAGGCGCUUCUUGAGCUUCAAGCAUACGCUGAUGUGCAGGCUGUCCUCGCCAAAUAUGACGACAUCAGCCUCCCGAAGUCAGCCACAAUAUGCUACACGUCCGCACUCUUGAAAGCACGGGCGGUGUCGGAUAAGUUCUCCCCAGAGGCGGCGUCCAGGCGGGGGCUCAGCACAGCAGAGAUGAAUGCCGUGGAGGCCAUUCACAGAGCCGUGGAGUUCAAUCCACACGUGCCAAAGUACUUGUUAGAGAUGAAGAGCCUGAUCCUGCCUCCAGAACACAUCUUGAAGCGGGGUGACAGUGAGGCCGUGGCGUAUGCUUUCUUCCACCUGCAGCACUGGAAGAGGGCUGAAGGAGCCUUAAAUCUUCUCCACUGUACAUGGGAGGGCACCUUCAGGAUAAUUCCUUACCCACUAGAGAAAGGUCACCUGUUCUACCCUUAUCCAGGAUGCACAGAAACAGCAGAUCGAGAGCUGCUACCAUCAUUCCACGAGGUGUCGGUGUAUCCUAAGAAAGAGCUUCCUUUCUUCAUCCUGUUCACCGCAGGCCUUUGCUCCUUCACUGCCAUGCUGGCCAUGCUCACGCAUCAGUUCCCGGAGCUCAUGGGUGUCUUCGCCAAAGCGGUACGCCUCUCGCAGAGCCCACUCCGCUGUGAUUGGUCACACUCCCAAGUGCUCCCAAGGACUUCUGAACAGCUGCCGAACCCCUUUUGUCCAAUUACUGUACUUACACAAAAUAAACACUGUUAGGACACUGAUAAAUUGUUACUUAAAGCCUGCUCUUCUGACUCUUCAACACGAGCAAGUAACGUUGGAAAGGUGUCAGACUUCAGCAACAGUUUGGCGGAUAGUCCACCUUCCUAUUGGCCCAUGUUCACAAAACAGUCCCAUGUGAAGUGCCGUUGACAGAUGAGCAUAUUUUUCUUUUGCUGGCCGGGAAUCAGCAACUCCAACCACUUCUGCCUGAUCCUUGCCUCUUUAGGCACACCCGAACAAACAUUUUCUGGGUGCCAUUGCUCGAUGUUCUAACACUGUGAACAAAGCGAAGCAGAGCCGGGGUCCUGGGAAUACCAAUAUAAGGAAGUCCGGGUUGCAUUGACAUCAGUGGAACUCGUCAAUGGAAACUGUAAAACACAGAGUGCAGAGCCGUCCAAAACUGCUUUCAGGGCUUACUUCCAAAUGCGUAAACCUCAUUAUCUGACGCGUUGACAUCGUUUAACAUGAGAAUAGAUCACUGUAACGACGUUUAUUGGUCAGAAAAGAGGAAAAAUCAUUGUAGGUCCCCUUUAAGAAAAAAGUAUCGAUUUAUACACCGAAAAUUACGGUACAUGUAUGUAUGUAUGCAUGUAUAUUAAGAAUAUUGUGAAGUGAGACAGGUAAAGCACAUCGGAAAUGAUGUCGUUGUCUUUUGCCAAAAAGUUUGGACUGAGUGUUAUACAGCCAUCACCUUUUACUGUUGGCAUCUUCUUUUUACACUUAUUUGACAGUUCAGAAUGUUAAAAAUUCGUCUAGAGAAGGCACAUCGCACAUUACGCCAUUGUCAUUUGUCAAAAAGUUUAAAAAAUACUCUUUGUAUGUGUGUUUCUAAUAGCAGCGGUUAACUUAUUUUUAGUCUUAAUUACAGUGAAGACGUUAAAGAAAUGUACAUUUAAUAAAGGUUUCAUCAUGGCGACUGUUUGACUCUGGAACAGAUUACAUUAGGUCAGACUUUUCGGGGGAGGGGGGUUAUGAUCCAGGACCAUAUGUAAUUGAUACGUCUUUAUAAAUAUACAGUGGUGUGAAAAAGUGUUUUUCCCCUUCCUGAUUUUUUUUUUUUUUUUUUGCAUGUUUGUGGAUUUUAAAUGUUUCAGAUCAAUCGUCCACAAACAGUCAUGGGAAAGCGAUAUUGCGCGCUACUGCGCUUUUACUGCGCUUUUUUUGUAAAUUUUUUUCACAGCUUACCAUUUUCAUUGUUGUUAGACUGACCAGGAAGUGACGUAAUGGCGACGUAUAUUUAACGUAACAAAGAGCUAGUGGAUGGACCAUGCUUCAACAUCCGUGUGAGACUCAACACUGUCUUCUUUAAAGCAUUGUUAGUCAGUAUAAGAGUAACACACUUCACCUCCCAUGGAGACAUAAUGUAAAACAAUAGUUCCCCAAAGUGUAUUGAUUAGAACAAUUAAAUCAGUAAAAAAUCGGAACGUAACAUGUAUCAUGGACACUAUGCCAUAUUUCUGAUUCUGAAUCAGUGUCUCGUUCAUUAUUGUAUGAAUUUUUACGAAAAAACAGAAUAACAUGCAAAUAUUCAGAAGUUCACAUAUUAAUGCAGAAGUCAGCUCAUUUGCAUAUAGUUGUCCUCGAUUUUAGUUAAAUGUAUGUGGGCUACGCAAUUUACAUUUAACAAGUUGAAACAUUUUGGCCAGGUUUGGUCAAAGUACAGUACAUGUUUUGGAUGCAGGAAAAUGCGUUUGAUGCAGAAUGAGGUUUUAUACUUCGGAAAUGAGAGCAGCUGAAAUGUAAGUUCCACCGUUUUCUAUUAUUCCGCCCGCCACCACUGGGUGACUGAGACGUGUUUUCUGCAGAAAUACUGCCAAUUUCAGAGAAAUAAAAAGUGUUUUUUUUAUUUUUAUUUUUUAUUUUUUACCGCUAAUUUGCAGGGCUGAAUUGUGAACUUAUUUUCAUUAUUUCCAAUCAAAAUAUUGAGUGAAAUUAUGAAAAAUCGGUCGGCCAGCACCCUGGGACAGAUUGUGGUUGACAUUAGAGGUCCCGCUAUAUUGCCUUCUUGAGGUUUAACAAAUGUAUCAUAUUAUUUGGUCAGAAGGUUCAGGUGACUGUUUUACCCUGGAACAGAUUAUUUUUAUUUCCAGUAUUUCUUAUGAGAAUAUUGAGUCAAAAUAUGAAAAAUUGGAGGUCAGCCAGCGCCGGGAUAGAUUGGGGUCAACAUUAGAGGUUACACUGUAUCACCUUCUUGAGGUUUAACAAAUGUCUCAUUAUUUUUUUUAGUGUCAAUGUUCAGGGGUUACUAAAACUGUAAUUACCAACUUUGCUACUAUAGGUAUAACAACACUUCCUAGGUGUACUUUGGUCUACUGGCGUAAUGGAAUGCAUGAGGUAAUCCAGACGAUGUCCGGUGGGAUACAUUGUGGUGGUUACAACUAUUUCAUUUCCAGUUGAGUCGGGUACAUUUUGAAUUGAUCAUCAUGCUGGAUUUGGACCCUGAUUGUAUGCAAUUUAUAAUGGGAAUUGUCACUUAACCAAAACCCAAAGAUGUUUAAAACGUUAUGGUAGCACUCAGCAUCCCUCCAUUUUCAGUUCUUCAGCACACUCUUCGCACCUCUGGGCUUCUUCGCAGACAAGAUGGAAAGCUUCAUGCCGUCCAGUUUCUGGCACCAACUGACUCGGAUCUGACCCCAACACACAUAUACACAGUCUCCUGUCCUCAGCAUUACUGUCUACGUGCUGCAUUGUUACUGAUUACAUUGGCCCAGGUCCUAUCAACAGUCGUAGUAGUACCACUUUUAGAAGGAUGCUCGUCCUCACUCUUCCAGCUGCCUGGAAGCUGCUCCUCAAAGAUGAAGAUGUUGCAGAGUGAAUGUGCAACAUCUUCAUUUAUUUGUCACAAGGAAAGGGAGGGUUGAGCUAGUUCUCGUGUUUUGGAUGUUUGGAGCAGAACUGGGCUGGCCGUUUCUUAUCGAGUAUAUUACAAUGUGAUAGUCUCGCGGUAUUACAGCGAUGGUGUGAUAUUCAAUACAUUACACAUGGGGUGUGCGCGUCCAAGAAUGUGCCCAAACCACUUCAUACGCGAUAACUUAAAAUGUGAUUAAGUGCCUUUUUAUUCCCAUCCUAACUUGGCAUUUAUCCAUCUCUGGAUUCUAAUUGUGUUGAUUGUACCUAACUCAAGUGACAGUGGUAAACGACGCUACCUGGAGACCAAAAAAACACUAAUAGUGUGUUUGUUUUUGUCAACAGUUUGAAUUUGACAGGAUAAAAUAUCCAAAUAAAUAACACACAGUAAAUGCUGAAGACGGGAGAUUGUGCCAACUGUCAUGUUUGAAAGCGCUUGAAACAAAACAGACAAUAAAAUGACGCCUGUGAAAGUCUAAUAUUUGCUUUUUGGGUUUUUUAUGGCGGUGUUCUGCUUUUUUCGUUAUGUCCACAUUUGGUACGCUUUGCAAAGGAAAUGCUUUGACUAACAGUGAGUGUAUAGAUUACACAUAUCGGACAUAACAUUAAGGAGUGGGACAGGAGAACACAAACAUUAGCAAAAUUGGCUAACAUGACACUCACAUUUUAACACAAACAUCAUGCUAGGUUAGCCUUUUCGCUGAAGAAAAACUAAAUGAUCAAACUCACAGCUCCCGCAUAGCUCCAGGAUUUAUUUUAAGAUGUGUAGCAAAGCUUGUUUUAGUACAAAGCUGUCCUCUGUGAAGUGGUGGGUAUAUACAUGGGGCGGGCUCAUCUACUGUAUGUACUGUAGUGGCGGUAUCAUAUCGACAGGGAUGGAGAUUUUUCCUCUAUGAUGUCAAGAAAAGACACAACUUCUGAGCCAAGAAUUUUAACGCCUCUUCUCUCAAGUGUAGCAAACAAGUGAGAUAGAUGAUAAGAUUUACUGUUAACACAUCAUUUAAAGGUUCCUUUUACAUAAUAGGGGAACAUUAGCAAACAAAGUUCCCACUUUGACAAUAAUGCCUAAACGUUUUAACCACAAAUGCUCACUCACAGGUUGAAAAUUGAGGCUUACAAUAACAAAAAGUGUAGCAAGAAGCUUGUUUGAAAGCCAGCCGUCCACUCACACAACACACAAAACACACACAGCGGCCUCCUGUGUGUUUGCAAGGAUCAGCUCCAAGACUAUUAGCUAAAUAUCACCUUUGCGCCCUGAGUGUGUUCAAAUCAUGUCUGUUUAGUUUGACUUGGCUCAGUCAGCUCGCUAAUUACACGUGUGUGCGUUGCAUGUGAGCCAACUCAUUCGCUAUUCUACAUUUUUACCCAAUUGCAACAUCAUACAGUUGACAUGAAUACAUGUAUACUGUACAUUGUUCUUUUUACAGUAUCUCUACAAGUAAUGAUGUCGUCAGUUAAAGUCAAUAAAUAGUAUGGCUACAUUCACGUUUAAAUGAAUGUCUUAAUUAGAACUGGUCAUAUCAGUCCAUGACAUCAACAUGUUCCCCCAUUUUCUCUAUAUGCACCACUUUAUUCUAUACACAGGACUGUUCCUGUUUACUGUAUGGAUAUUUAUCAUGGGCUUGAGGCUCCUGAGACAAGUUGGGGGCGGUGGGAGGGGAUAAAUCGUGUUUAUCGUGAAAAUGACACAGCACUAAAUCUUUGCACAUUACGACACUUUGUUUAGUGCCUAAUAUGAAGAAAAAUACCAGAAACAUUCAUUCUACUGGGGUGGUUUUAAGCAUUGUUAAACUUUUAGACACCUAUGACAUCACCCAUAACACUCUUAACUUAAAUCAGUUUGCAUUAAAAAAGGUAUUCUUUUUUUUUUGUGCUUUACGAGUGCACUCCUGAUUGUUUGAUAAUAUGUUGUAAAUGUUAGAACAGUGGAUCCUCAAAAUUGAAGCGCUCCUAAGAUCAUACAAUUUUGGAACAGAGAGAAAUUUGGUACAAAUAUGCAUUACAAAGUCAUACUAAUGUUUAGUGAUAUAGACAACCACCAUUUUUUGUCAUGUAAGACUUUAGCGUAUGUCAACUUCAGCUCAGUAAGUAUCCAAACAUCAAUUCCACAAAUGUGUUUUUUUGCUUUGUUGAUUUUUUUCAGCUUUUUUUUUUGUGAUUCCGCCACAGAGAGGUUUUCCAGUGAAGGUAAAGACGAAAAAUAUGAACCAAACUUAGUACAGUGCAACAUCGUAAGAUGAACUAAGCGACAUAAGCUGUGCAUGCGCGUUUGUCCUGGCUGCUCAGUACAGUAUGGCAAACUCUACAAUAAUAAUAAAAUAGAAGCCAUGUGUGUGUGUCCCUGCACUUAAGGAAGUCUGCAAAUCAGCCAAGCCGUUAGUUGUUGUAUACAGUACACUGUCCAGGCUGCUCAGUACAAUACACAGUCAUGGAAAAAGGAUUAGACCACCCUUGUUUCUUCAGUUUUCUUGUUCAUUUUAAUGCCUGAUACAACUAAAGGUACAUUUGUGUGAACAAAUAUAACAAUGACAACAAAAAUAUCUCAUAAGAGUUACCUUUUUUGGCAGUACAAUGCUAUAGGUAUUCAUGUAACAACUUAAGUGAUUUUGGUUAUUAUCAAGAGAACCAUGGAACCAUGGUUAGAUAUCAGCUCUUACAUCAUUAC